AUGAAUUUAAAUACAACUGAACCAACAACAACGACAUCAAACAAUGAACAACAAGAUUAUCAAGCAACAACGUUAAAUUCAGAUAAUUUGACACGUUAUUUUUAUUUACCAAUAUUUCCACCAGCAACAUCAAUGAUAAAAUUGGGUGCCAAUGAUGAUUUAUUAUUAGCUAAUGUACCAAAUAGUCAUCUUGCACAAAAUCAACUAUUACAACGUCAACAAGCUACACAGAUAUCAGAUAGUUCGAUAUUGAACAAUAUCGAUGAUAGUCGAGAACCAUUUUGUUUAUCUGCAAUAGAUAUUAAAGAAUUAUCGACAAGAUUACAAGUUGAUGAAUCAAUUAUUAUAUCCAAUGCUAAUCGAUUACGUGUCAUUUGUCAUCGACUUCUUGAAUUGCAUGAAUAUUUUAGAAGAAGAGUACUUGCAAUACAAGAUGUUGCUUUAAACGAACCAACUCUCAAUUCAAAACAAAUGUCUUUAAUAUUAGAAUUUUUCUUACAAAUCGAUGUCGAUGUAUUCUAUAUGAAAACAUGUCGAUUUCGUGAUGCUGAACCAUGUCCAUCAAUAAAAGGUCUUUUCUGUAAUGAUGAAUCACCAAAAGCAAGAUAUAGUAUGGUUCCAUGUGGUACAACUAAUUGUCCAUGUUGUCAUUCCAUAGAAAAUAGUUCAAAUCAUGGUUUUGUCAAUGGUUAUACAACUUAUUUGAAUUGUCCAGCAACAUGUACAACAUCGAAUAUUGUUUUUGUUAUGACAUGUCCAUGUGGUCAAUAUGAAUUUAUUGAUUCAACAUCGGGUUCAUUGGCUGAUGCUUUAACUCAUCAUCGAUUGGCAUGUAAUCAAAUGAUGCAUAGUUUCUUAACUGGUACGCCAGUUUAUGAAGAAAUAAUGACACCAAUGGAACGUUGUCGACAUCUUAUUGUAAGAAAAAUGCGUCUUUAUCAACAUUCAGCUCAUUGUUCAGUGGCAGUUCAAUUAUUUCUUGAACAUAAUCCAGCAUAUUGGUGUUUUAUUCCAAGACCAAGAAAAGAAGUUGAACAAGAAAAUGAUUUCUAUGCAAGAAUUGUUCUUGCUACUGGAUCCGAAUUUGUCUAUGUGCUUCCAAAACGGACAAAUCAAGAAAAAAAAGUAGCUAGACUUUUAACUGGUAUAUCAUUUCCACCAGCCGAACGUCAUUUCUCAUCUGCACAAAUACAAAAACAACGAUUAUUUUUCGAUCGUCAUCUAUUGAGUCCUGUUGAUCAAUUACCUUAUGUAGAAACUGAUCUAUAUAAAAUGAAAAUCAUUGCUGUUUUACCUACUGACGAAUCAAUUAUAUUACGAUAUCUUAUUGAAACAUUAUUUAUUAUUCAUGGUGAAACAAAAUUAAAUAUGAUAUGUCCCAUUGGUAUUGAUCCUGAACAACGUUAUGGUCGACCUUAUGAUCAUCAAUGGUAUUAUCAUAUAAAACAUCCAGAACUACCAACGGCACCAUCUAUUCUUUCAUUAAUUCAAACAAUAAAAGAACUUAAUGCACGUCCAUCCAACGAUCCUGAUCCUGAUGAUGAUGAUGACGAUGAUGAUGAUGAUGAUGAUGAUGAUGAUAAUUAA